UAAUUCAUAACGACGACCAGGGGAUUCCAUUAAGCACUCUUCGUGAGUUGAGUGUUCUUAAAAAAGUCCAAUACUAUCGCUGUGAUCAUCUUGUACAGAUGUAUGAUAUUUCUCUAGCGAGGAAAGAUGACAAACUUAUGAUAUAUAUUGUAUUCGAGUACAUCGAAUGCGAUCUUGCAAGAUUUCUCUCACAUCAUGUUCCUCCUACAGGACUUCCACCAGAAACUGUCAGAGAUCUUUCAGAGCAACUUUUAAGGGGAAUAGACUUCCUCCAUUCACAUAGAAUUAUACAUCGAGACUUAAAGCCUGCUAACAUUUUGAUCGAUAAAGAGGGUAGACAGUUAAAAAUAACUGAUUUUGGUCUAUCUCGUGUCCUCGGUUGGGAGUCUCCCUUAACUCCCAUAGUGGUUACCUUGUGGUAUCGAUCGCCUGAAAUUCUUAUUCAAUCGGAAUACUCUUCCCCUUGUGAUGUCUGGGGUGCGGGUUGCAUAAUAGCAGAGCUUUUUAAUUGUAAAACAUUGUUUAUAGCCGACACGGAAAUAGCCCUACUUAAGAAGAUAAUCAGUACUGUCGGCUUUCCUGAUGAAUCCGAAUGGCCUGAGGAGUCUUAUUUAAAAAGGACUGACUUUGCCAAAGCUUCAAAAAUAAGCAAGCUCAGAAGCAGAAUAAAGACAAAUGAUGGCACUGCUUUAGACCUCAUUGAGUAUAACUGA